AUGGGGGUCAAUUCCGACGAACUUAUGAAGAGCUAUACAACGUCCACAGCUCUUUACUAUUACGUCGCGAUCGCAAAACUGCUAGAAGAAAGGCCGAUCGCGAACAGUAUUUUCAUUCUUGUUCUUCUACUUCCUGCUUCGGUGGUUUUUCGUCAAUUCAAGUUCGGCAGACGUCCAGAAGACCAUCCAAGCUGCGAAAGACCAAACAACAGUCGCCCUAAAGGGCUUCCCAAGGAGAAAUAUCCUUUAUGGGUGUCAUUGCUACUAGUAUUCUCUCCGGCUUUUGAGUUCCCAUUCAUGUUUGCGCUACACCCGGUGAUUCUCGCAUCUCACUCGCAACCGGCUUCGCCGUCAACAUCGAGCCUGAUUCCAAAUACGUUGCCGUCACCGGUUCAACUCGCACUGCAAGUCGCCGGCUACUUCGUGGUACAAACCUUGUUUACGCACUACGUUUUGCGAUUCGUCACCAUUCCGCUAGCUACGGAACAGCCCGAGACAGAGAAAUCAGACGACGACGAUGAACUACUUACCGCUAUGGUUAUGGACUUCCUUUUAAGGGACAAGACCACCGGCGGUGAGAAGAAAUGCCAAUCACGCCUACCCCGAAGUGUUUGCAGAUUUUGUAGAAUCAUAUUCCGAGAACGAAGUUCCCUGGUCUUUUACAUGUUCUUCAUGACCCGGUCUGAGAACGAGACGAAAAUCCCUGCCAUGCACAGGCUCGACUGGACCAAGAGGUGGCUUAGUCAUGUCCAUUGGAGGAACAUCAUCCAUCAGCUUGAUCGAAAAACGGUGCACAAUAAGAGCAGCAAACAUGAGGGAUGCUUUGCGUGUCACUACCCUCCCAGGACAUUUGUGUGCUCCGCUCGCGAAUGGUAUGAAGCUUCGGCUUCGUUGUAG